GUCCCUCGUCCGCCGUCUAUUUAUCAGGGUCUGCGCUUCCGUCCCCCUUGAUCGGUGCAGGAGGAGAGGCAGCCCGCACGUAGGCGGCAUCACCGGAGGACGGCGGCGGGACAUUCCGGUUACGUCAGUCCCUGAUCUGCUGAAGAAGAUGGUGGAUCGUCUAGCAAACAGUGAAGCUAAUGCCAGGCGUAUAAAUGUAGUGGAAAGCUGCUUUGGAACAGCCGGUCAACCCCUGGCAAUCGAGGGCAGGGUUCUUAUCGGAGAAGGAGUCUUAACCAAGCUCUGCAGAAAGAAACCAAAAGCGAGGCAGUUUUUCCUGUUCAAUGACAUUCUGGUGUAUGGAAAUAUUGUCAUUCAGAAAAAGAAGUACAACAAGCAGCACAUCAUCCCCCUGGAGAACGUUACCAUCGACUCCAUCGAGGACGAGGGGGAUCUGCGCAACGGAUGGCUUAUCAAAACCCCCACCAAAUCGUUUGCAGUCUACGCAGCCACAGCUACGGAGAAAUCCGAAUGGAUGAACCACAUCAAUAAGUGCGUGUAUGAUUUAGUAUCCAAAAGUGGGAAGACCCCAAGCAAUGAACAUGCUGCCGUCUGGAUCCCCGAUUCUGAGGCUACCACGUGCAUGCGCUGUAAGAAAGUAAAGUUUACGCCCGUCAACCGGAGGCACCACUGCCGGAAAUGUGGGUUUGUUGUUUGUGGACCCUGUUCAGAGAAGAAAUUCCUUUUGCCCAACCAGUCGUCUAAGGCUGUGCGAGUGUGUGAUUUCUGCUACGACCAUCUGUCUAACGGAGACUUGCUUCCCUGUCAGUCUGGCCGAUCAGACUCCCUCUCCAGUUCUCCCAAAAUGGCAAACCACAUGUCCGAUGACGACGACGAAGACAGCAGUGACUGAAGGAGCUAAGACGCCUCUCGGGAGGACUGGUGAGAGGAAGGAAAAUGAAAUCUAGCUGCUUGUGCUGGGGAAUCCUAUAACGAACCUGGCUUUCAGUGGAGGACUGUGUGUACCCCCAGAUUGGUGAUACUCCUUUGCCUGAGAAUAUUUACCUACAUGUGCCUUGAUAUAACAAUCAUUUUGGUUCUUUCAGGGAAACCUUUUAUACGCUUUUUUUUUUUUAUUUUAUUUUUUUGCUCGUUCUUCUGCGCCAGCUC